AUGGUCUGCCAGUGCUUGGUCGACGAAUCAGGAAAGCAAUCAUUCAACUUCCCACAGGUAGCAGUUCCGGAGUCCGACAAAGAGGAAACGAGCGGAACGGUAAUGAGGCAGCGAAGUAGGGAAAGGGCCAAGUUUCCUUGCGGCAAAAGGGGGUUUCGGAUCAAAAAGGUGAUAGCUUUCCGUCGUUUGACAUUCAGAAGAACAACACAGGAAGAUGAUGAAGAAAGGAGAAACCUGUAUAGGGGAGACGGGGAGGAAUUAAACGAGAGACAGAGAGAGAAAAUGGUGGGUACUUGUUUGCGAGGAUUAGGGAUUGUGGAGGCUAUGGACAAUGGAGAGAAAUUGCUUGACGUUGAGACUUGA